GUCUAAUAUAUAAACGACACCCUUUUUCGUCUCUCAUAACUUCUAAGGAAGGUAACGCGUGAAUAUUUGUCUUUCAUCUCAAUAAGGAUGGCCUACGACUACGCUAAAAACAUAGAAGAAAGACCUGAUCCAGUGAAGGCGGACCUCAAAGGAAACCUUCCAAGCUGGCUGCAAGGCACGUUGUUGCGUAAUGGGCCAGGCAUAUUCUCAGUGGGGGAUACCACAUACAACCACUGGUUCGAUGGGAUGGCCCUGAUGCACAGCUUUACAUUCAAAGAUGGUGAGGUAAUCUACAGAAGCAGAUAUUUACGUGGAGACACAUAUAAAGACAACAUGGCAGCCAAAAGAAUUGUUGUGUCUGAAAUGGGGACAAUGGCCUACCCGGACCCAGGCAAAAACGUCAUAUCUAGGGUGAUCACCUUUCUUAACCACACGGUCCCAGACUUCACUGACAACUGUGGCAACAAUUUCAUUCGAUAUGGGAAGGAUUAUUAUGCAACCUCUGAAACCAACUACAUCCGCAAAGUAGAUCCUGUGACUCUGGAGACUCAGGACAAGGUUGACUACAUGAAAUACCUUGCUGUGAACCUGGUGACAUCCCAUCCACAUUACGAUAAAGACGGAACAACCUACAACAUGGGAACUUCAAUAGCGGAGAAGGGAAAGACUAAAUACACCUUAUUCAAGGUUCCAGACACUACUGCGGGAGGUACACUACCAGUCAAAAAUAAGGCCAAUGCUUCUCCAGCCUUGAAGAACCUUGAGGUGAUCUGCACAGUGCCCUGCCGCUCCCUCCUCAGCCCCAGCUACUACCACAGCUUCGGCAUGACUGACAACUACUUCAUCUUUAUUGAGCAGCCAUUCAAACUGGACAUCCUCAAGAUGGCCACAGCAUACAUGAGAGGGGUCAACUGGGCUAGUUGUCUAAAGUUUUUCCCUGAGGAAAAUACCCUGAUUCACCUGAUCGAUAGAAAGACAGGCAAAGAAGUGGGCAUAAAGUACUACACAGGGGCAAUGAUAGUGUACCAUCACGUGAAUGCCUUUGAAGAGGAUGGUCAUGUCAUCUUUGAUGUUAUCGCCUAUGAAGAUCCCAGCUUAUACAACAUGUUCUACCUAAAUGUGUUAAAAGAACAAUCAAAGACCUCAAUGUCUGUGCCAAAGUGCAAAAGAUUUGCCCUUCCUGUACAGACUGACAAGGGGAUUGAUGUUGGAGAUGAUAUGGUGAAACUCCAAUACACAACAGCCAGCGCUGUGAAAGAGAAAGAGGGUAAACUACUCUGCCAGCCAGAGGUGCUUUGUGACAGUGUGGAACUACCCAGGAUCAAUUAUGACUUCAAUGGCAAGAAGUACAGAUUUGUCUACAUGACUUGUGUUGCAAUGACAGCAGUGGCAACUAAGAUCAUGAAGUUGGACAUUGAGACAAAGGAGAGGACUGAAUGGAGUGAGGAGAACUGCUGGCCAUCAGAGCCUGUGUUCAUUCCAAGACCCAACGGAGAAGGAGAGGAUGAUGGUGUGAUCUUGACAACAGUCAUCAACUCCAAUCCAGGGGAAUCUGGCUUCAUCUUGGUGCUGGAUGCAAAGUCUUUCAAGGAGGUAGCUCGAGCAUAUAUAAAUGCAGAGAUUCACAUGGACAUGCAUGGAUACUUCAUCCCAAUGGAAAAUUAGUAUGACAAAGAAAUGAUUUACUCCAAGAGUAGCCUACUACCCUCCACAAAGAAAUAGACACUAUGGGAAACGAUAGGGAUAGUAUUAGAUACUUUAAAUACCAAAGUGCCCUGUAAAUGUUUUCUUAACAAUGUCCCAGUGCUGAUAUUGCUAUAUUUUGCACAACACAUGUGAGCAGUUAUCUAUGGACUAAUGCCAGUGUAGUCUUGAAUUUGUCUAUAUCUCAAGGGAACCCAUUAUGGAUAUCCUCAAAAUCAUCUACCCAUGAAAUAUUUAAGAAAAUAUUUUAGCGUUUUGCUAACUAAGUAUAUAACACACCAAUCACAUAAAUAUGUAUUUUAUUGUUCAUGUUUUUAUGUAGUUUUGUCCUGUAUAGCAUUGUCAAUGAAAAUCCUUAUAAUACAAAUUAUUGUACCAUUUGUUGUUAUUUAAUUAGGCCUAAUAAAGUGUGAAAGGAGUGAUGGUUGUCUCCGGUCCAUAAGAGGGCGCCAGUUACCCCAAAGUGAGUUUACGUUGAUGUUUGCGUGACUCUAAUACCUACGUCAUAUUGUGGAGACGACCAUCAACAUUGUUGACAUCGAGGCGCGGUUUUUGUUAUAACCUCAAUGCGAGGUUCAUGACUUUUUUAUAAACGUGUGGUGUAUUACUGUUCAUUAUUGUUUUAUCUCCAUUAAAGUACUUGGUCACGA